GCCCUUGUAUCAUCUCGCGUAAUAUACGUUCGAGGCCGGUCCGGCGCGGCCCGGCCCGGCCCCCUUCGCCCUCCGCGCGCGAAGAACGCCCGACGUUUCCGCGACAGGAUCCGCGACGCGACAACGACGUCCGGCAUUCUCUCGCGGGAUUCGCGCCUAUCUAUCCUCUACGGAGAAGUGCUGCUGGGAGGAGUGCGCGGCACCGCCUUUCCCGUUCACUCGUGUUACCACAGCCUCCAGCAUCGCUCGAUAAUCGCGACGGAUCGGGCGCGGCGGCGGCGAUAGCGGCUCGCUGUGCCUUCCUUCUUACGUGUCUUGUCGCAAUUAUUUAUAACGUUCGUUUAAAUGAUCGACAUCCUUCCGCACGAGUGAGAUAAAGGAAAAGGAAGAAAAGAACGAGUAAUUAUCUCAAAAAUGUCGAGGAAGCCAGGAGCUACCCAAGCCAUGCAUAAGGUCAUAAUGGUUGGGAGUGGAGGUGUUGGAAAGUCUGCCCUGACAUUACAAUUCAUGUACGACGAGUUUGUUGAAGAUUACGAACCUACAAAAGCAGACUCCUACAGAAAGAAAGUUGUAUUGGACGGAGAAGAGGUACAAAUAGAUAUUUUGGAUACUGCAGGACAAGAAGAUUACGCAGCAAUUCGGGACAAUUAUUUUCGCAGUGGGGAAGGAUUUCUCUGUGUAUUUUCGAUAACAGAAGAUGAUAGCUUCCAAGCUACACAGGAAUUUAGAGAACAAAUUCUCAGGGUAAAAAAUGAUGAGAACAUUCCAUUUUUAUUAGUGGGAAAUAAAAGUGAUUUACAAGAAAAAAGGAAGGUUAGUCUGGCCGAAGCUCAAGCAAGAGCUCAACAAUGGGGUGUUCCUUAUGUAGAAACAAGUGCUAAAACAAAAGAAAAUGUAGACAAGGUAUUUUUCGACUUGAUGCGUGAAAUAAGGUCACGCAAAAUUGAAGAUAAGUCAGCAAGCAACGGUCGAGGUAAAGACCGUACCAAGAGGAAGAAAAAGAAGUGCAUUAUUCUAUAGGUGUUUUUUGACUUAAUGAGAGCAAUAGCUGCUCGCAAGGCACAGGAAAACCAAGGAGAUGGGAGUGAACGUAAUAAGGAAACAAAGUGCUGCAUCUUGCUAUAACAAACAUAAAACAAUAUGUACCUUAUGUUAUGGAAGGUUCAACUCCUAUAAUUGAAAGCUAAACGUAAGAGGACUGUAUUUAUACAAAAAUGAAAGUUUUCUGACACUUUACAGUGAAUUGACGCUUUUAAUUUUCGCUAUAUUAUAUACAAAAUAUAUUCAACUAAAAAAUAUAUAUAUAUUUAAUACUAAUUUAUAUAUUUCGAGAACGUAUCAUAUAUCUGUUUUCUAUGAAAUUAAAAAAAUUUAAUAGCAAUACAUUUUAUUUAUACAUUAGUUAUUAUUAUUAUGUAAUUAUAUAUUUAUAUAAUAAUUUAAAUUUAAAAAAUUAUAACAUUUAUAGUAGCACAAAAUUAUAAAAAUGCGUACAAGAUAAUUUACAAAAUUAUUUGUCUUAGAGUGCUGAAAUGUAAAUAAUAUUAACAUAUUUGGAGGAGAUUGAAAAUGUAAACGAUAUAUGAUUUAUGAAGAUUUUGUUUUUUUAUUUGUGCAAAUGUAAUUACAUUUAUGUUGAAAUAAAAAUAAUUGCAUUAUCAGUUUGCAUUAUUUAUUUGCAACCUUUAAUAAUUUCAGCACUCUUUAAUCUGUUUAAAAAUGAUCGAAAUGUAAGAAUGGAGUUCAACAUUUUUUACAUAUUUUGAUUAUCUAAAUGAUGAAUCAAGAUUUAUUCAGAUUUAUCAAAAUAGUCAUAACACUGUAAAGUAAUGAAAAUUUAUAAUUUGUAAGAAAUUUGUUUAUAUAUACAUAUAUAUGUGUUUCACAUAGUUUUAAUAUAUCACUAUGUUUUAUUUUAUAUAGUUAUUUUUAUCAUAGCAUUUUAUAGUAUAACAGUUUGAUAUCUCGAACGUGUGAGUGAAUUUUAUAACAGUUGUAACACAUUAAUGAUUAUUUCUCUUUGUUGUAUAAAAUGUUAUAUAUUAAAUUUUACAUAAAAAGUGAUUGCAUUUUGCGUGCAAAUAUGUAUAAUAAAUUUAAGAUUUUAAGUAUAAAUUCUAGCCAUAAAAUGAAGAUAAAAUUUUAAUAAAAAUACUUGAUUUAUUAUAACUCAAAUUUAUAUAGUAAAAGAUUAUCAGUGGUUUAUUUUGCAGUAGUAUUUAGCGCUCGUUGUUACUCGCACAUCUGAAAUAUCAAGCCAUGAUGUAAAAAUAAAAUAAACUUUUUGUGUUUAAUAUAUUAGACUGUAAUUAGAGACUGAUUGUAUAAUUAAUUCACAUAAUUAAGAGUCACUUGUUUAAAAACUUCUACCUCUAUGAGGCGCAUUUAUACAGAUAUAUAAAAUUUUCAAUUUUAAUACAGCUUUGACCGAAGAGAAAAGUGACUUGAAAAUUAUAUUUCAGAAUGAUAAUUAAAGUUCACAAAAUGCAUAUAUUAUAGUAGUUUUCUUAUGAAAGGAAAAUGAAAUAUCUGUCUAUUUAAUUUUGAUACUUUUGUACUGUUGACAUUGAUUGUGCCUUUUAAGUGUUCAUUGUUAAUGUAACGAGGUCAAUCAAACUUUAAGAUUCUUUAGAAGAGUUUUAUGACGACAUUUAUAUUCAGAUAUAUUCAGAUCUAUAAUAAAUUAUCUAUACUACACACUAUAUAUACCUUCGUAAUUCUAUGUUUAAUCUGCUAUUUUGUCAUAAACGCCUUUUUAUGUAACAGUGAUGUGAUUUAUUAUUGAAUUGUUAUUUAUCCAUUCACUUAUGUCCAAACAUUUUUGUAAGUAACCAAAUCCAAGUGCAGAAUACAUUUAUUAAAACAUA